AUGCCGGUUGAGGCUGAUGUGAUUGCACCGUCUACUCAGGACAAAUACCUCUUCGGAAAACUCGCCGAGGCCGCGUUGAUGCUCUACGCACGGUCACUCUGUACAUCCUACACAAUCAUGGGCAAGGGCCGCAAAGCUAUCAUUGGCAAUGCCGACAAUUUCUGGCUACACUCUUCCAAGGAAAACAGCUUUGAUCUCACGCAUCCACAAUCGCCUUCCAGCGAAGCAAUCUCGCCUCGACUCGACCUAAUGACAUCAACUACACCCAUCACCCUGGACCCGCAGAAGACAGCCCUUGUCAUAAUUGAUAUGCAGAAUUUCUUUCUAUCAGAAGCAUUCGGAAGAACAAAAGGGGCUGGCCACGAUGCGGUCAAGAAUUUGGAGCAACACGCCAUCCCUGCAGCAAGGAAGGCGGGGGUGCAGGUCAUAUGGUUGAAUUGGGGGUUGACAGACAAAGACCUCGACCUCAUGCCCCCUGCGAUCAAGAGAGCCUUCGGAUUUGAGGUGGUCCUAGACAAUGAGGACGAGGAAGUCGAAACCGAUACGGCAGAGGGAGACAUCUUCCGAGAACAUGGAGCAGCGGAUGACCCAAAAGUCAACCCUCAGGACACCGUUGUACUGGAGAACGGCAAAGACAAACGCAUCUACAAGGGUCUCGGCUCAUGGUGCGGGAAUCUAGAGCUUCCAGAUGGUACAACCGUUGAUGGAGGACGCCUUUUGAUGCGCGAUGCCUGGAACUCGGCGUUAUAUCCUCCUCUCGACACCUUGUACGAAGAAGGUAUCGGCUGCUGGAUUAACAAAGAUCGUAUGAGCGAGAAGGGAAUACGCAGUCUACUCUUUGCAGGAGUCAACACCGAUCAAUGCGUCAGCGGGACCUUGACCGAUGCAUUUAGCAAGGGUUACGAUUGCGUGAUGCUCAAAGACGCAUGCGGAACGACCAGCCCGAGUUUCUCGCAGCAGUGUAUCGAAUUCAAUGCGGCGAAGAGCUGGGGUUUCGUAGCCACGUGUGCGGACUUUGCGAGAGGUGUGGAAAACAUGGCCAGCCAAUAG